UUUCAAAGCGGGGAACCAGGGGCCCUGCAUUCUAAUCUAGUGGAAACUGAUGGUGGUGGAGUGGCAGCUCUGGUCAAAACCUCCACACCAGGAGAACUGGAGGUAGCCCAUAGUAAGGCCCAGUCCAGCUCUGGAGGCAGGAAGAUCUGUAUGCGAGCCCUGACUUUCCAGUUAUUCAUCUAAAGUAUAUUUAUCCAGGGCUACUUACAUACCAGGCUCUGGGCCACUUAGGCACUGAGGGUGCUUAGUCUAAUCACUUGCCCUCUUUGAACCUGUUUCCCUGUUUACAAGUUGGGACUGACACCAGGAGCUACGCCACAGAAUGGGGGAAAGGAGUAAACAAGAAUUAAGAUGGAAGUCCAGCCUGGGAUCCAGAAGGUUUAGGGGUAUGGGUGGGGGAGCAGACAGAGGACCCAGGAUCCUAAGCCCACCUUCCCCUACAGAAAUUUUGAGUGGAGUCAUUCGGAGCGUCAAAAAGGACGGCGAAUGGAAGGUGCUUAUCAUGGACCACCCAAGCAUGCGCAUUUUGUCAUCCUGCUGCAAGAUGUCAGACAUCCUGGCUGAGGGCAUCACCAUUGUUGAGGACAUCAACAAGAGGCGAGAACCCAUCCCCAGCCUGGAGGCCAUUUAUUUGUUGAGCCCCACGGAGAAGUCGGUACAGGCCCUGAUCGCAGACUUCCGGGGGACCCCGACCUUCACCUACAAAGCAGCACACAUCUUCUUCACAGACACCUGCCCUGAGCCUCUGUUCAGUGAGCUGGGCCGCUCCCGUCUGGCAAAGGUAGUGAAGACGCUGAAAGAGAUCCACCUUGCCUUCCUCCCCUAUGAGGCCCAGGUGUUCUCCCUGGAUGCCCCCCACAGCACCUACAACCUCUACUGCCCCUUCCGGGCAGGUGAGCGGGCACGGCAGCUUGAGGCGCUGGCCCAGCAGAUCGCCACACUUUGCGCCACACUGCAGGAGUACCCAGCCAUCCGCUACCACAAGGGACCAGAGGACACGGCCCAGCUGGCCCAUGCAGUCCUGGCCAAGCUGAAUGCCUUCAAGGCAGACACUCCCAGUCUGGGCGAGGGCCCUGAGAAAACCCGCUCACAACUACUGAUCAUGGACCGGGCGGCCGACCCCGUGUCCCCGCUGUUGCAUGAGCUCACAUUCCAGGCCAUGGCCUAUGACCUGCUGGACAUUGAACAGGACACGUACAGGUAUGAGACCACAGGGCUGAGCGAGGCCUGUGAGAAGGCUGUGCUGCUCGAUGAGGACGAUGACCUAUGGGUGGAGCUGCGGCACAUGCACAUUGCGGAUGUGUCCAAGAAGGUCACAGAGCUUCUGAAGACAUUCUGCGAGAGCAAGAGACUCACCACCGACAAGGCCAACAUCAAAGACCUGUCCCACAUCCUGAAAAAGAUGCCACAAUACCAGAAGGAGCUGAACAAGUACUCUACGCACCUGCACUUAGCUGACGACUGCAUGAAGCGCUUCAAGGGUACCGUGGAGAAGCUGUGCAGUGUGGAGCAGGACUUGGCCAUGGGCUCCGACCCAGAAGGUGAGAAGAUAAAGGACGCCAUGAAGCUGAUCGUGCCAGUGCUGCUGGACGCAGCAGUGCCCGCCUACGACAAGAUCCGGGUCUUGUUGCUCUACAUUCUCCUGCGGAAUGGUGUAAGUGAGGAGAACCUGGCCAAGCUGAUCCAGCAUGCCAAUGUACAGGCCCACAGCAGCCUCAUCCGGAACCUGGAGCAGUUGGGGGCCACUGUCACCAACCCCGGGGGCCCUGGGACCUCCAGCCGGCUGGAGCGGAGGGAGCGCUUGGAGCCCACCUAUCAGCUGUCCCGCUGGACCCCAGUCAUCAAGGACGUGAUGGAGGACGCAGUGGAAGACCGGCUGGACCGCAAGCUCUGGCCCUUUGUGUCGGACCCCACCCCCAUGCCAAGCUCCCAGGCUGCAGUCAGUGCCCGCUUCGGCCACUGGCAUAAGAACAAGGCUGGUGUGGAGGCACGGGCAGGGCCCCGGCUUAUCAUCUACAUUGUGGGCGGCGUGGCCAUGUCGGAGAUGAGGGCUGCCUAUGAAGUGACCAGGGCCACCGAUGGCAAGUGGGAGGUGCUAAUUGGCUCCUCACACAUCCUCACUCCAACCCGCUUCCUGGAUGACCUCAAGACGCUGGACCAGAAGUUAGAGGACAUUUCCUUGCCUUGACCCUCCCACCUCCACCCUGACCUGUACCCCUCCCUUUUCAGAAGAAUAAACUAUAUUCCUCUGUCUGGGGCCAGCAUCUACCUUGCUUUUUUCCCAGGGAGCUAUAGUGGGCCAGCCUCCCAUGGGUCUCAUCCCCUGGCCUAUGCCUCCAGCCCAAUCACACCCUGUUGUCCUGUGGAGGACAUCUGAAACCCAAGUGGAGAUUAUGAACUUGGGCUCUUGUUUGAAUGUUAUCUCCAAGUCUGACUAAUUGUUAGGUGUUGGCCAACUUGCUGGGUUC